UCAAGCUGGCGAUGGGAGGUUUCCGGUAAAACCACUUUUUCCGCGUAAAAUUGCUGUAAAAAGGGGAAAAUUAUUCACAUUUCUGUGCGAUUCCAUGCACUAGACCAACAAACUGCACUCUGGUUGUGGUUCCCGUUGGAAUGGUAAGCCAGGAAAGUGCAGGCGGCGAGAUUUUCUGUUCCUUCAGGACACACCGACCAUCGCCCGGAGAGUAUUAUCGAGGCGGUUUCACGACUUUGUUUUGCCUCGUGUUUUUAAAAAAUGUUGCGGCCAAUUUUGAACCAGCUCGCGAAAAAGGACUUGGUCCUUGCCAGCAACUCGGAACGCCGUAAGGAGCUUAUCAAAAACUUGGGGGUAGACCGGGUGAUCCUGUGUGGGUCAACUUUUGAGGAAAAUCUCAACCCGACCGAAUACUCGUUCGAAGAUUAUGUGGCCGCCACAGCACACGGGAAGGUGCAGGAGGUGUACGAGCGGCUGUCGAAACAGGAUGCAGACAAAUCCUUCCUGGUAAUCGGGGCAGACACGAUGGUCACGAUGGACGGGCAGAUGUACGGCAAACCAAAGACUCCGGCGGAAGCAUUCGAUGUGCUGCGAAAGUUGAUGGGAAAACCACAUGUCGUGUAUACGGGUGUCGUGAUCAAGCACGCAGAGCAGGAAGUUCGAUUCACGGAAUCGUGCAAGGUGUUCUUCGGAAAAGCAUCCGACGAGCAGAUACAAGCGUACAUCGAUACAGGAGAGCCUUUCGACAAAGCAGGAGGCUACGGCAUCCAAGGACUAGGGGGUUGCUUUGUGGAGAAAAUCGAAGGAGACUACUUCACCGUCGUGGGUUUGCCAAUUCAUCGGCUCUCGGUGGAACUGUGUAAAAUGUUCGGCCAUGAGGUACGCUAGCUGAUCUUCAGCAAAAAGAUGCUAAAAUAAAAAUAAAGUUAGUAACGAU